UGCAAGAAAUUGUGCAUGAUUCAAACUGGCAAGAAAUGAGUAAUGUUAAUGGAAAUAUGAAUCAGUAUUCAUUGCCAGAAACUCCAUAUCCCACAACACCCGAUUUGCUCAAUAUGUUUCCUUUGCCUAGAUGCUCAUCAUCCACAGCCUCUUUACUUCCCAAUUCAACCAUUUCAUUUCCAAAUUCAGCCCAGAAAUCUCCCAAUUUCUUGGCUUCCCUUGGCAUCUUAGGGGAUCUUAAUCCUGUCGACAACGCAUUGGCCUCAGCUACUGUUGGGUAUGAUCCUCUAUUGCCUUUGAAUCUUCAACAGCAGCCCCGUUUUCUGAGAGGGUUGUUUCACUCUUUACCUCAUGGAGGUCAUGCACUGGGAGGGUCAAGGACUGGUGGAUCCUUAUUCCCUGGGGUGAUGGAUGAGAGAGAUGUGAAUGGUGGCGAUGGGAGGCACUUUGAUGAUGGGGUUUUUGACUUCACUGGUGAUAUUGAUUGUAUUAGUAAAAUUAGGGUUGAAAAGGACACUAAACAUUUGACUACUGAGAGGCAUAAGAGAGUUCUUCUCAAUGACAAAUUCAUGGCUUUGAGGAGCUUGGUUCCUAACUCCACCAAGAAAGAUAGAGCCUCGGUUGUGGGAGAUGCUAUCGAAUACAUAAACGAGCUUCAGAGGACAGUGAAUGAGCUAAAAGUGUUGGUGGAGAAGAAGAGAUGUUGUAAGGAGAGGCUCAAAAGGGCCAAAAUAGAAGAUGAUACCAUGGAGGGGAAUAUUGACACACAGUCUGUAGAUGAUAUGAAGCAGCCUUAUAAUGCCUCAUCCUUAAGAAGCUCAUGGCUCCACAGGAAAUCGAAGAACUCUGAGGUUGAUGUUCGAAUUGUGGACGAUGAAGUCACUGUCAAGCUUGUUCAACAGAAGAGAAUCAAUUGCUUACUCUUUGUAUCAAAGGUUCUUGAGGAGCUUCAGCUUGAUCUUCAUCAUGUUGCUGGAGGCCUAAUUGGGGAUUACUAUAGCUUUUUGUUCAACUCUAAGAUCUGUGAAGGGUCAAUUGUAUAUGCGAGUGCGAUAGCUAACAAGCUUAUCGAAAUUCUGGACAAGCAGUAUUCUGCAGUUCCGCCAACUACUAGCUAUUAUAGGUAUGCAUAAAUGUAGGAGUUCUUUUAUUACAACAUAGAACUCUUUUUGGUAUUAAUGAUCUAGAACUGUAUGGAGAAUAGCAAUUAAUUAAUUAUUAAAGUUGUGAAUUAAGCUUUAUUUUGACUGGUAUAGACAGCAGAAGCUUGAUCUGAAUAAUAAGUUGCAGUUUUACUACAGAAUAGUGUAUCAGAUAAUAAGUUAGUUUCAAACUUUGAACAUAUAUGUACAGUUACUAAAUAUGGGCUUGCAAAAAGUACACAAAUGCAGUCUCACACUUUAUAGUAUCUCUUCAGUUAAACA